UCCUUGUAGCCAAGAAUUCGAGAAAGCAACGUGCAAGAACACGGAAAUGGUCUGCAAUGAAAAAGUUACAAUUCUUAAAAACACAAUGAAGAGUUCAUUCAUGAGUUACCUGCAUAUAUACCCAACGCUGGAAGAGGCCUGAGAGCUGUAAACUUCCAUGUCAAUUAAAAAUUUCGUUGUGGCCAAUUGCAAUCGCCAAAUGUUUUAUUUUACCGGCGUGAACCACAAAAUCCAUGGUUUUCUAAUUAACAACUAUUGACUGGCUUAAGACCUUAUUCCCUCAGCUGAAGUCAUUUCGGGAAAGCCAAUGCUAAAAUGUCUUUAUUGAUUUUCUGUGCGGGUCUUCUGAAAACAAGCACAAUGCAUGGACAAGAAAAUGGACCUGAAAAGAAAUAAUAUUCUUUAUGGGUUAAUUUGCUUAAUUCUAAGGUUGUUAAAUAUAAAGCACAAUACUACAUGAAAAAUCAGAUUUUGAUUCUAUGGAUGUGAAACAGACAGCAACAGCUUAUUAAUAGCCUACCCUUGAUGCCCCUUUUAACAAAUGUAUUGACAUCUGCAAAUUUGUAUCACUCAAAAUGAUCCAAGAAAAUGAUGCACGCAAUGAUAAAAUAAUUUUAUCCAAUAUAAGAUGAAGUACUGAUUUUGAGCCCCCUUCACACACACACGCCAGCACACUCCGCAUGACCUUAUUAGCAGGUCAAAUAAGUCGUCCAAACUUGCUUGCUUUGGUAAAUUAACGCUCACUCAGACGAAGGAGAUGUCCGGCUAUUGGCCAAGAGUUAGAGGGCACGUCAUCCCCAUCCAUCACCGAUCGAAUGAUUCUACAAGGCAUGUCCCUGUCUAGAUCGGUGCCUCUGUGCUUAUACGCUCUAUGAGUGGCGUCUGAGUGGAUGGAGUUUCUGUCGCUUUCCGUCUUGGAUGAAAUUCUGGAAUAAAUGAAAUGCACUCAUGAGUUCUUAUCAAGGGUUUAUGGGCGGCGAGGACACAAGCUCACUUUUCAUCAAGGGCUUUCAUGCUAAUGGACUCAAGCGCCUGCAUCAGGAUCAUGAAGCUAAUGCCGACUUCAGAACCAGAAAGGAGGGACAUGUCAAUAGUGAGGCGGAUUUCCUUCAAUAUAAUUUCACAAAUCUCAGUGCCACGGCGACAGCCGCGUGUUCAAAGCUCUGUGAGGACCAUGGCCAUGCUAAUUCGACCAGACCCCCCUUCCCCCAUAAUCAAGAUUUCUAUAGACCGGUGUACCCCAGCCGACCCCAAGUCCCCUCCUUCCAAAGUUGUCGUGAACGGGGUCUCUCGCCUUCCUCAGACACUUUAGGAACUUUCUCCGGUGCGCACUGUGAAGUCGGCCCAUUCAACACAUACGAUGGCCCAAGACAUCACCCCGCAGUUAAGGACAAUAAUACCAGACACGAGGCUCUAUAUGCGUUAAAUGAGACAUUCCAAUGUGGAAAGACAUUCGAUUGGAUGAGAGUGAGGAGAAAUCAGCCACGUGCAGCUAAAAUACAACUGGGUAGAUGCUCGGACCCGGAGCCGAAGACAGACCAGGGACGAGAUCCUGACGAGGACUUCUCGAGCGGAUUUACAACCAGUGGAGCCCCGCGAACCAAUUUUACCACCAAACAACUAACAGAACUGGAAAAGGAAUUCCAUUUCAACAAAUAUCUGACUCGAGCUAGACGGGUAGAGAUAGCCAACACUCUCCAGCUGAGUGAAACACAAGUGAAGAUCUGGUUUCAAAACAGACGCAUGAAGCAGAAGAAAAUGCUGCGGGAAGGCCUAGUUACAGGAUUAAUGGUGAUUCCUGGGUGUGAUGAGGAUUCACCAACGAACAAAACAGACACCUGUUCCUCUCCAGAGAAAAUAUCAUUUUAGUGAGGCAAGAAUGUUGGGGAAUGUUGCUUCCCUAAAACGUGGACGAUCAUCUGCACUUCAUGGAGCAAGUCAACAUUUUCAAGACAUUGAUAAUCCUAUGGAACGACCAACAAUAUUUACACACAGAAAAUGACGUUUGUUCCCAAAUAUACAUUUUUAUUAAUUUCUCCAUCUUAUUAAGAAAUUAAAACAGUCACUCUCUACUAAAAAAAAAAAUUCAAAUAAAUAAAAAGGCCAGUUUACCCACCUGUUGAGGCCAGUGGAAAAUCAUUUAACGAAAAUGCUUGUUUCAUAUUUUCCCAUCUUUUGUUUUAUUUGAUAUAAACUUAGUUAUAAUCAUGUUUUAUCAUUUUGAAUUUGCGUAUGUUAUUAAAGUUCAGGAAAUUAGUCAUUUUAUAUAUUAGGUCUCAUUUGAUUUUUAUUCCAGACUUCAAGACAAAACUGAUUAUUUUCAAUUUUGGUAACCAGAGAUUUGGAACUGAGUAUCAGAGAACAGGGAAACUAAUAUUUUUAAUUUAUUAGGCUAUUUUGAAAAAAAUAAAAAUAAAAUAAAAUUAAAUAAAUAAAAAAAAACACUAGGGAAGAAAAUACAUCCUGAAUGCACGUGGACAGAUUUUUGUAAUUUUAGAAAUGCUAUAUACUUUUAGAGACACGUUUAUAAGCACACACAUGCAAAUAGGCAACACCAACCCGAUCUAUGAAAAGUCGUCCAUAAUUUACGAGUUGGCUAUUUCGUAUGGUCUUGCACGAUGUUGUUCGCUUAAACUCAUACGACUUCAUCACAUGCAACACACACAUUUAGAAGCACUCAACAGGUUAGCUCUCUGUUUUCCUUAUGUGAUAUUCGCAGACAUAUACUGUGUCUGUCAUAUCCAUGCUGCUUGAGCUUUUAUCUGCGAAUAAAAGAGCGCCGCAAGAUGAUCGUUAUACUAGUCUUUCUAAAUAAUAGCUAAAAGCUGUCAGCGAACAAAGUGCCUCCACUUAGCCGUAUAUUUCCCCAAUUUAUUGCUGGAAGAGGUUAAAUCGAGUGCCACGGGUUGAACCUUCGCUGAUACCAACUCCUCAUUUUGAUGGCAUCAAAGCACUGAUGCACAUAGAUAGGUAGAUGAACAAUGUUGGUGGAGGAAUGAACUGAGAUAGGAGAUUUGUAUUGCUCUUCUCUUGGAAAUAGCACGGUUUAUUUUAUUUGAUUUGAUUAAUUUUUUCUAUUUUUUUUAUUUUGAAUGCAUUCAGGGUGUAUUUUAUAGAGAUGCCAUUUUUCAGUUUUACUUAACCAGAUUUGCCCACAUUAAAAUGUUAUAGAGUAACGAUGACUUUUCCAGUUCUUUCUCAGUCGCACAGUGUUUAUUUGCCAUGUUUGAUCCCAAAUUUCCCCCGUUGUCACUGUGCUAAUCGAUGGGCAUGGACAGGAAUAAUUGCUGGAAUUAUUGAAUGAGAAAGAUUAUAGUAAUUUCUAAACGGUCGAUUUAUUGAUAUGUGGAUUUAAGUAUAAUUGACUUUUAAUUGAUUUGACUUGAUGGGUUGAAUAAUUACAGCAUUUGAAUGGGGUUUCACUGGUUUUUUUUUUCCAGUAACUGAAAUUAAGACAAUGCACACUUAAAUUAGAAGUAGGUAUAUACUUAAAAAUGGUUAUCAGCAACACUGAUAACAACAAAUUAAAUUUGUCA